AUGGGGGACGAGGAUCUAGACACCUCGUAUGAAGCUCUGCUUGAUCUCUCUGGUCUGCUGGGUGACGUGAGGCCGCGUGGCUUGUCGGAACAAACGAUAGCUACUCUUCCCAGCGGCACGUAUCGAGAAUGGGCAACGCCAGGCGAGACGGAGGAUCGGUGCCCCAUUUGUCUGGAUGAUUACAAUGCGGAAGACGCGGUGCUGAAGGUACCGGCAUGCUCCCACUGGUUCCACAGAGGUUGCUUGGAGGUGAGGAACAUCCCGUUGGGGCUGUGA